AAUUAAUAAUAAUAUUUUACCUCGCCUUCAUCAGAUCUGGUUGUCUCUUUUAUGAAAUGUCAUUCUUAAAGGAUAUUUUCAUUGAUUCUGAAGCCCAUUUUGUGGUGCUAAUUGUACAGAGCUCAUCAACAUUUUCAGGUUUGGAGUUGAAAUUUGAAACAUAGCGUAUCAUGAUUUCAAGCCUUUGAUGAAUCAGAUUGAGAUCUCAUUUUAGUAAUUUUAACGAGAGGUUUUCUUUGACUUAUUCGCGUGAAAUGGCAGAGCUUUUUGGAUAUACAGCAUGCAGACAAUUAUUGCAAAUGUUCAUUUCAAUUAUAUUCUUCCAUGUUUCCGAGUACAUUCUGGCACUUUUCUUUCAUGGAAAGUCGAAUGUAUCUUUUAAGUCGCUUUUGAUAAGCCAACAUUAUGUACUAGCAAUGAUUUGCUCCUUGAUAGAGUACCUUAUUGAAAUCUAUUUCUUUCCCGGCUUAAAGGAAUAUUGGUGGAUAAGUAAUUUUGGCCUUGCAAUGGUUGUUCUCGGAGAAAUCAUAAGGAAGUUGGCAAUUGUGACAGCAGGCCAAGCCUUCACUCAUCUAAUAAAGGUUUAUCAUGAGGAAAAUCAUCAGUUGGUUACGAAUGGGAUCUAUAGAUUUGUCCGUCAUCCUGGUUAUUGUGGUUUCUUCAUCUGGUCUGUUGGUACGCAAAUAAUGCUCUGUAAUCCAAUAUCAACCGUUGCAUUUACAGUUGUUGUGUGGAAAUUCUUCUCGGGAAGGAUACCUUACGAGGAAUUUUUCCUCAAGCAGUUUUUUGGUUCUGACUACGAAGAUUAUAUGAGAAAAGUUCCUUCUGGUAUUCCACUUGUGAGGUGAUUAUUCAACAAAUCCUCUUCAGGGCUCUAUAUACAUGCAUAACGUCAUCUGCUCAUCGGUGCUGAGAUAACACUGUUUAGGAAUUUUAUCUUCUUAGACACUCUUACAGUUUUCAUAACGUGAAGUUCGCCAGAAAAAGGUUCCUCCUAGAUAUAACUUCUGAGGUGAUGCUUCUAUUAACCCUUGUAGAGCGCGUUUAUCUUAUUUGUAUCAUCAUGUUUUCGUCGUAUCAUGUCUUUGUUAAGACUUAGGUAACUAGUCUUAUGGGGAGCUGUAAGUUAUAACUGUAUUUGUAAUUAUGGCUGAUGGGACAGUGUUUUUGUCA